AUGUCUACGCUAGUUAGGGCAUCUGGUAGAGUGCAAGUUGCUGUCGAGUCGCUAGCACGCCCAAGCAGACAUGUCGCACGAUGCAGUCGACCAAUGGUUACAUUCGCCACAUCAGCUUCCAGCAGCAGACUUACCAAUAACAUGUCUGUCGGCUCGAUAUCGAACGGGCUUCUCUAUCGCGGAAACAAGCAGUCACAAGGUGUAUCAUGCGGUCCAUUCCGUAACUUGUCACAAUCACACUCAGCCGGAAGAGAGCAACUGUCACCAGAUAUACUGCGCAAACAGCUCGAAGAUCAACUCUUCCGUCGUCUUGGGCAAGCCCCUCAAACGCAACAACGCUCAAAACAGCCCGUGCAGUAUCAGCGUUUCGGCGGUGAAGGUGGCGGUGGCAGAGGGAGGCGCUCACUUUUCUCAUCACGCCCGCCUACGCUGAUCCUUGUGGCACUCGGAAGUGCUGGUAUCUACUACGUCGUGCAUCUUGAGCAAGUCCCAGAAACUGGUCGCUGGAGAUUCAUCGAUGUUAGUGCGGCACAAGAGCAUGAAAUGGGCCAAGAAACUUUCCGUCAGACGCUGGCAGAGUAUCGCGAUCGCAUCCUCCCUGCCUCGCACCCGUAUUCGAGACAAGUACGCUCAGUAGCCAGUCGCAUCGUCGCUGCUCUCGACAAAGCUAUCGUCGAUCAAAAUCAGCCACACCACACCAAAGGGGAUCCCUAUCUCACGCACCACUCGCAUGGAGAGGAAGGCGGCAUUACAUACGGCUCAAGUACUUCGCUUAGCAAUGCCGGUGGUGCAUCUUGGUUUGGAAGCCAGUCAGGUGCAGGUUUACAGCAGCAGUCCGCGACGAAGUGGGAAGUGUUCGUAAUUGAUGAUCCCAAGCAGAAAAACGCAUUCGUACUACCUGGAGGCAAGAUCUUCGUCUUUACCGGUAUCCUCCCCAUCUGCGCCAAUGCGGAUGGACUGGCCACCGUCCUCGGCCACGAAGUUGCACACCAAGUCGCACGUCACUCUGCCGAAAAGAUGUCGGGCUACAAGGUGUUGCUGUUUGGUACCUUUUUAUUGGAUGCAUUUGGCUUUGAUAUUGGUCUCAGCAGAGCUGCACUCACGCUGCUCCUCUCGCUCCCCAAUUCGCGCAAGACCGAGCUCGAAGCGGACUAUCUGGGGUUGCGCAUCAUGAGCCGUGCUUGCUUCGACCCGGCAGAAGCGAGCAAGCUGUGGACGCGCAUGAGCGAGUCCGAGGGUGCAAGCGGUGGUGGCGUAUUGAGCAGCGCACAGGCGAUCCUCUCGACGCACCCUGUGUCGAGUCAACGCAUCAAAAACAUGCACAAGUGGCUACCAGAGGCACUCGAGACUAGGAGGGCUUCGGAUUGUCCUCUUCCAGAGCAAGUUUCGGGAUUCCGUGCUGCGGCCGCGUCAGCACGGCAGAACUUCUCGUCGCUAUGA